AUGUUGAUGCCCAUGUUUGAAGCUUGGGUUGUGUGUCGACUUCAGCAGUUAUUUGCUCUCUCUGUGAAUGUCUUGGAGCACCUCAUUUACACUCUCAAGUGUCUUACCGCAGUCGAGGACUUUAUAGCCUUAGAUUUGCUUAGUGUUCGUGACAAGGCUGGACGCACAGCGUUGCAUAUAGCUGCAAGUUCUGGAGACUCUACUAUGACAUCUAAAAUAGUAGAUGUUCUGAAAAAGGAGUCUCGAUUUGAAGAGGCAGUAAAUUACAGAGACAUAACCAACAAGACUCCCCUGCAAUAUGCUGCCAAACAGCGGCAUACAGCUAUUGUCGAAGAGUUUCUCAUCCAUCAAGACUGUGUGGAGACGGAAAAUUACAAUUCGGCAGCAGAGUUUGCCGCGGCUAGUGGACAUUUAUCAACAGUCCGCUUGUUCAUGUUUGGAUCGAAAGAAAGUUUUGGCAUCCAGAUGCUUUUAGCGGUGUCAGAAGCAGGAAAUCUGGAGGUCGUUCAGUAUCUCCUGAUGGAGAAGCAUGUUUCUCCUUCCACGAGGAAGGGCCGGAUUAACGUGAUCAACCUUUUACUAAAAUUCAAGCCAAAUAUUCAUUCGCGUUCAAAGAAAGAAGAAACACCACUCCGUAUUGCUGUUGCGCACCCCGAGGCCGUCGAAGCCCUUCUCAAAGCCGAUGCAGAUCCCAACUCUGUCGACAAGGAAAGACAAACCCCACUACAUUGUGCUGUUCGUGAGAAGCGAUCACCGCUUUAUUACGCUAUAGCCAAUAAUCAUCUCUCCACUGUUGAGAAAUUCCUUCAAGAUGGUGUGGCCUUGGUCAAUUUAUCAACGGUAAUGUCUCGGGCUAUAGAAUCUGCUGCAUAUACUAUCUUUAAGUAUUUCAUGCCCCUGGCCCAGAAGAAAGAUUUUCACCUGUUCAAGGCCAGUUUGCUCCAUGAAGCUGCGGUGGGAGGGUCUAUGGAGAUUCUCGAUGUACUCCUCCAUUCAGGAGUAGAUGCUAAUCUCCGGCGAAAUGGGUACAGUGCUUUACAUUUAGCAGCUCAAUACGGAUGUGAAGACCACGUUCAAAAGCUGAUUGAUUUCACGGCCAUCGUGGAUGCUCGUGAUGACGAAAACAGAACACCUCUUCACCUCGCAGCACAGAAUAAUGAGAAGGAAACGGUCAAGAUUCUUCUUCGCGCAGGCUCUGAGAUCAGCGCCUAUGACAAUGAUUCGGUAACCCCGAUUUAUCUUGCCAGUGAAUUCAGGGCCCAUCGGGUACUUAAAACACUCCUCGAAUGCAAUGCCAACAUGAACAUCGCUACACUUAGCCAAGGGUGGACACCACUGCCCGCAUCCAUCGAUAGAGGCCGUUGGUAG